UGAUCAAUGCAUUUUAUGAACACGUUCUGAAUUUUUUUUAGCUAGCGGUGAAUUAAAAAUAAUAAAGGUAAUAUAUAUAUAUAUAUAUAUAUAUAUAUAUAUGUAUCAUGAAUUCACGUUUAUUUUUCACUGACGAUCAUCCCAUUACAAGUACAAGAAUAAAAAAACAAAAUUGCAAAAAAUAUAAGGAACAUGAGGUAUCAAACAAAGAAAAACAAAAAAAAAAACGCAGUAUUUAAAUCUACUACUAUCUAAAGGAAUUCAAAUAUAUUUCCAGAAUUACUAGAGAAUUGAAAGUACAAAUGUUUUAAGAAGAGGGGUAACCUCUUAAGAUUGAAAGAGAAGUCCAAAAUCCUUUGUAUAAAUCAUACAUGAUCAAACAAGGUUUACUGAAAUCAUGAACAAACUCAGAAGACCAGUACUUUGAAAAAUUAUUUAGACAUAAGACUUCUUUUGCAUCCACAGGAUGCAUUCCGGCAGCAUUGUCCUUUUACUUUUCAAAAGGGGUACUACCUUGAACUUGCUCGACACGGCUAAAAGUGGAACCCACAAGAAAAUGACGACUCCGUUGAUCAGCCAAGACUUCUAUGUAAGAGCUUUUAAGUCAAAUUUCAACCAUAUUUAAAAUUUAACGAAGCUUCCUAGAAUAAAACUGGAGAUAUUUUUCCAUGGUUGGCUUAAGGGAACUGUCAACUUGAUCAGUGACAGUUGAAGUCAUUAGUUCAUUUUAUGUUCUGGUUUGUGCGUAAGUUCAUAUUCAACUUCAACGUAUGGUUAUAUAUAAGAGCAUCAGCAACAUGAGGUGAAGACGCUGAUUGAUUUGAGCACCCAUUUGGUCCAGCGGCGAGACGAGGAUGAAGAACCAUAUCUUCAUUUCACUCCUGAUAUCGUUGAGCCAUCUCUAUCAAUUAAAUGCAGAACUCGACGCAAAUCAGAGUACUAAUAUCGGUGUUGUGAAGGAAUUUCAGGUCGGGGUGAUUCUCGAUAUGGGAUUAUUGGCUGGGAAGGUUGUUAAUAGCUGCAUUAGCAUGGCAAUAUCUGAUUUUUAUGCUCCUAACACACACUACACAACAAGGAUACUUCUUCACAUCAGGGAUUCCAAGGCAGAACCCCCUGCGUGCUUUGUCCGCCGCUAUUGAUCUUUUGGAGAAUAACAAUGUGCAAGCAAUCAUGGGUCCAGGAACAUCACCUGAAGCGAAUCUCUUGGCUGCAUUGGGGGACAAGGCCAAAGUUCCUAUCCUUUCUUUUACUAGGAGGAGUCCUACAUCGUCAUCUCUUAUGUUGCAGGAUUCUAUGACUAGCCCCAACAUUCUAAACCUCGAUAGCUUUCGUGGCUUAUUUCUUAUUAGUGGGAUCUCUUCUGCCUUAGCCCUUGUCAUAUUCUUGAUUGGGCGUGUCAAAAACUACAUUAGAAAGCUGUUUCUGGAAAAAUUGGUUUUCAUGUUAAAGUACCUCUUCGCUGAAAAUACUAUCAUGCAUUGAAGAAACCAACGUUGCAAGACAACUAUUUUGAAGUUCUUCACCUAUUGAUCCUUUGUUUGCCAGCUACUGAUGGAUGCAGUUUAUAAACACGUCCAAAUACUCUUUUAGCUAUGAAUUAAAAAUAAUGAUGUCAAUAUAUAUAUAUAUAUAUAUAUGUAUGUAUUGAAUUCACGAUCAUAUUUCACCGAUGAUCUCAUUACAGGAACAAGAAUAAAUGCACAAAUAAAAUUGCAACAAAAUAAGAGGAGCAUGAGGUGUAAAAAAAAAAAAAAAACGCAAUAUUUAAAUCCACUACCAUCUAAAGGAAUAAAAUUAUAUUUCCAGAGCUAGUACAAAAUUUGGAGUACAAGUGUUUUAAGAACAGGGGUACAUUCUCCUAUUUUUUAUUUAUGAAAAAUGAUAAAAGAAUCGAACCAAACAACUGAAUAAAAAGUUGAACUUAACGUGGCUCAGCCACGUCAGAUUAUUUUCUAAAAAUAUAACUCCUACCUCUUCCCUUCUCUCUCCUCUCUUCCUCUAAUUCUUGAUUU